AGCGCGGGCUCAGGGCCCAGUUGCUGCGGCGGUGGUGGCCACCGCUCCCUGUCCCCGCGGUUGCUCGCGUGCGGGCCAGCCGGACCGCGAGUUAAGUGUGCUUUAGCCGACGGGCCGAGCCGGCCAGGCCCGGGUGGGGAGCACCCGCCGCCCGCAUGGCCGCCAUCAAAGCGCUGCAGCAGUGGUGCCGGCAGCAGUGCGAGGGGUACCGCGACGUGAACAUCACCAACAUGACCACGUCGUUCCGCGACGGCCUGGCCUUCUGCGCCAUCCUGCACCGCCACAGACCUGACCUCAUAAACUUCAGUGCCCUCCGGAAGGAGAACAUAUAUGAGAACAACAAACUGGCCUUCCGCGUGGCUGAGGAGCAACUGGGUAUCCCAGCCUUGCUGGACGCUGAGGACAUGGUGGCCCUGAAGGUGCCUGACCGACUGAGCAUCCUGACCUAUGUGUCCCAGUACUACAACUAUUUCCAUGGCCGUUCCCCCAUUGGGGGCAUGGCCGGUGUGAAGAGGCCCCCGUCGGACUCCGAUGAGGAACCUUCUGGAAAGGCCCCAUGCCAGCCAGCCAAACUGCCCGCACAUGCCCCAGCCCGGGGUCUACCACUGUCUCCAACUAGGACAAACCCCGUGGUCCAGAGGAAGGACAGGGUCUCCGAGGGCCCACCCCUGAAGGCUGGCCCGGCGGUGACAGGCAGCUCCGUCAGCAGCACCUGUGGGGUCUGCGGCAAGCACGUGCACCUGGUGCAGCGACACCUGGCUGACGGGAAGCUCUACCACCGGAGCUGCUUCAGGUGCCAGCAGUGCUCCAACACGCUGCACUCAGGGGCCUACCGAGCCACGGGAGAGCCCGGCGUCUUCGUCUGUACCAGCCACCACCCCAGAGCCGCCUCUGCAUGCCCCACGUUGCCAGGCCCAACCUCCAGGCCGACGGGGGCCGUUCCUGGGCACGCCUGGCCCCCCAGCGCCCCGCAGAAGACCCAGGAGACCAAUGGACUGAGGGAGGCAGCCCCAAAGGCCCGGCCAGUGGCCCAGGAGCCUGCAGUAGGCAACAAGACUGCCCGGGGUUUUGUUCCAGCUGCGUGUGACCCUCCAGCCACCUCCUCCCACGUCCGUGUGGGGAGCCCAGCAGGGCCCAGGCUCUCCACGAACCGAGUGGCCUCCUCUGUGGACAGCAAAGCCAGCACACCUGUGACCAACAGCUCCCCGAUGGGGUGGUCGUCUCCUGCCCAGGGUGCAGUGGCAGCCAGCUCUCGUCCGGCUGUGUCCCCGAGUGCCCCGGACCCUCGCCCUGCUGCACCACAAGGCGGGGGAGCCCUUCCGGUGGCCACUGCCCAGACCAAGCCCCAUUCAAGCUUGGUGCCUCCAGGCACAGCGGACCCUCCAGCCUGGACCCCCACAGCCUCCAGGACCCAGCAGGCCCGGGAGAAGUUCCUCCAGACACCAGUGCCCCCCAGCAGUGGCCCAGUAAGCAGAGGCCCUGCUCCUGCAGAUGCCCCUUCCCGGGACAGCAGCAGAGAGCAGGCCCUGAGCUUUCUCAGGAAGGCCCUUCCCGGGCUGAGGGAGGCUGGCACCCAGGCGCCCAGCAGGCCCAACCCAGUCACCACCCCUGCCUCCAAUCCCCAUCCCAAAACUGAAGGACCACGAGCAAUUCCCUCAGCCCAGCUCCCACAUUCAGCGACUCCCCAGGCUCAAAGCCCCCCUUCAAGGACGGAGCUGCCUCCCACUCUGCGUGUGGGCAGCACAUCAAGGUCAUCGCCCCAGGUGGGCGGAAGGAACUUGGCUGUAUCCUCUGGGGUAGGCCGGACAAGUGCUGCCUCCAGGCUGAAGCCGGAGGCCCCACCUGCAAAGGGCCCAGGUGCCAGCCACCAGGAAGGCCAGGAGGAUGGGCCGGAAGGAUGGAGGGCCCGCCUGAAGCCUGUGGAUAAGAAGGCCCCUGCUGGGAGGUCUUUGGAGCUGAAGGAGCCCCGGGUCCUGGCAGAGCUGAGGGUGAGAGAAGCCCCCAGGAAGGCCUCAGGCAGCUCUGAUGGCGGUGUCUGCAUCACCCUGACCCCUGUGCGGCCUGACAGGACACCGAGUCCAGCCGGCACUGGGUCUGGCCUCUCAGCCGCUUCCCCCUCCCCGUCCCCCUCCCCCUCCCCCCGCAGGAGACUGGCUGUCCCUGCCAACCUUGAUGUUUCUGCUGACUGGCUUCAGCCAGACCCCUCUGGGCAGGAAGCCCUGGCCGGGAGCUGGAAGGAGGAGAAGCCCCAUCCCGAGGGCAGGCCAGGGAGGCCCUUGGGCCCGGCCAGCAUGUCGGCUCUGCCUGACAAGAAGGUGACCUCCCCUGUCAGGCUGCACCCUGACUACAUCCCCCAAGAGGAGAUCCAGAGGCAGGUGCAGGACAUCGAGAGGCAGCUGGACGCGCUGGAGCUCAGGGGCGUCGAGCUGGAGAAGCGUCUGCGGGCGGCAGAGGGAGAUGACACGGAGGACAGCCUCAUGGUGGACUGGUUCCGGCUCAUUCACGAGAAGCAGCUGCUGCUGAGGCUGGAGUCGGAGCUGAUGUACAAGUCCAAGGACCAGCGCCUGGAGGAACAGCAGCUGGACCUGGAGGGUGAACUGCGACGGCUGAUGGCCAAGCCUGAGGCUCUGAAGUCUCCGCAGGACCGGCAGCGGGAGCAGGAGCUGCUGAGCCAGUACGUGAACACUGUGAAUGACCGCAGCGACAUCGUGGACUUCCUGGACGAGGACCGGCUCCGGGAGCAGGAGGAGGACCAGAUGCUACAGAGCAUGAUCCAGAAGCUGGGUCUCCAGAGGAGGAAGUCCAAGUUCCGCCUGCCUAAGAUCUGGUCCCCUAAGAGCAAAAGCAGUCACCCUGAUUGAGCUGCCUGGCAGAGGCUGCAGGACCUCUCUGGACCUUGGCCUGGGCAGGGACUGGAGGGGGCACUCGGGGCCAUGAGCCCUGUGCCUCCCUUUCCUGGUGGCUUCAAUAAAGAAACUGACAGAUGCCCCCUGCUGUCCUGCCCCCCCACAGUUCCUGUGUGUGCUGGGGGCCCAGCACUGGCCCAAGGGCCCUUCCUCCAUCCAGCUCUACCCAGGGGGAUGUGCUCUGUGGCCUUGAGUAGGAGCUCACUGUCUCUGGGCCUUGCCUGGCCUCACCAGGAGGGUGUUCCGCCUCUGGGCUGCAUGAGAGGCCAGACGUGAGCUUCAUGGGAGGUGGGGCUGGGGCCCUGUGGCACUGAACUCCGGCGGGCCCACUGGAGAUGUGCAACUCAGUGGCUGACAUCCGAGACCUUGGGUGUCCCAGGUGCUGGUGGCCGGGCCCCGGAAUGCAAGCGUGUGACUGGCCGAAGGAACUACAGGAUCAUGGUCUGGGAGCUUGAAGAUGCCCAGUGGGGGCAGAGGCCAGAGGGAAGAGUCAGGAGACCGGCUGCCCGAGUCGUCAUCAGCCUGGGCCCUGGGCUCCAGUAUGGCCAGCUUCCUUGGGCCCUGGGUGCUGUGAGCAGUUCUGAGCAGAGGCCCCGGGGCCUGGCAUUAGAGUGAAGCUGGGAGGGGCUUGGACGGUGGGCUCCCAGACCAAUGUCCUAGACCUGACCCACCAGGGGACCUGUGGCAGUGCAGCAUCCUGGCCACCAGGGGGAGGCAGAGUGCCAUGCAGCGGGGAUGGGGCAGCCUGGGUGUACCCCAAAGCAGCUCCAUUUCCAGGAGAAGGAUGUUGAGGCUCAGAGAGGUGAUACCAUGCCCUGAAGCUGCACAGCACAUUAGAUGCAGGCCUGGGACUGGAACCUGAGGUGGGACUCUGGGCUUCUGGACUGUGCCCUGGAGGGGUCAUGCACGCUUUCAGGGGGUAGGUCAGGAGAGGAGCAUGGAGCUUUCGGGUGGGGAAGGAAAGUCAUCCAGUUACCACCUUGGGCAUCUGGGCUGGCCUGCUGGGGCCACACAGCUCUAAGGUACCCCUCAGGGCAAUGCUUCUGACCCAGCCAUCAGGGGACCCCAGGAGUACUGUGGGGUGCCAAGUGGUGCUGGCUGGACGCCCUGGUGCUCAGUAAAUGGAGCCCUGAAAGUCAAGGCCCCCAAGCACUGACCGCGGGGCAGGAUGCAUUGCUGCCUGCCAGGGCCCGGCACCUGCAGCCCCAUGUGACAUUGGAGGCAGGCCACUGGGAAUGUGAACUCAAGGCAGCCCCUGGCCAGAGGCCGGGCUCUGGCAGCCAGUGGCAGCAGUGCGGCCUGUGGGCCCCGGGGGUGGCCCCUGGGGCGGGGGCGGGGCUGGUUCAUUCUGCUCACCCCCAGCCUCGAAGCAACCCACCCCCUGCUGACCAGGCAACUUGCCCUGCACCCCAGAUUGGAGCUGGGGGGCUCUAGAGGUUCCAGGGCCACCCUCUCCUGCCUGCGUAAGCGGGAGGCACUUAAAAUGUGUUCAGUCCUUUCUGUCCCCAGGAGUGGCCUGGAACAAUGGUAUUCCUGUGUGGAUAUAGGGUGGGGGGCUGCCCCUGGGUCCAGGGGUUCUCAGCCCUGCCGCCCCCAUGGGUCUGAAACAAAGGCUGGAUGGAAGGACCGUCCAGGCCUGGGAGCAAGGACUCAGACCUCCUCAGCGGGGGUGCGGGGGUGCGGCCUCUGUGGCGGCAGCAGGAAGGGCAGGGGCCUGUCCAGGCGCCAGCUCAGCCAGGUGGCCCAUCUUCCCAGGUCCCCGGGGGACUCCAGCCUCACCUCCUCCACAGCCCUCUCAGCCCUCUGCUCCCAGCGCCCUGGCCUCUGUGCCACAAGACUCUGCACGUGCAGGGCCCCUCUGCCUGAGCCCUCAGGGCCCACGUUCAGGUCUCUGCGUAGCUGUGCCCUCCUGGGACAGGAGGCCCGGUCCCUCAGCCCCUGGAGCUCACCUUCUGGCUCCGACUGUUGGCCAUCUUCCCUCUCUCAGGUGCAAGCUCUGGAGGCCAGGGGUUGCCUGUCCUCCCACCGUGUCCCCUGCUCCAGGUCAAUGCCUGGCCUCUAGUGGAGCUCGGCUCUCUGAGUGGGUGACUGACUGAGUGAGCCAAACCUGGGUUCCAGCUGUGACGCAGGUUGUCAGCACCCUCUGGCCCCCACUUUGUCACCUGUGUGAGGGGAAGAGCAAUGUGGUCUGUGUCCACUGGCCAUGGAGACCGCUGCCGCCUGACUCGUGCGUGCUUGCCGUGAGACCCAGGGAGCCGCCCGCCUAUCCCGAGCUGAGCGGACUGGUGAGGACUUGGGGUCCCUUGGGGGGGCUUUCUGGGGCAUCCCAGAGCUGAGGGCCACACCUGAAGCCCAGGACACAACCUCUACUAGAGCCAGACUCCAUCAGACCCCCCAGUGUGUGUAGGGCCCAGGGCAAGAGUUGAACCCACAGCCCACCCGGCUCUUCCUGAGGGCCGGGUCCUGCCUGCUCACACGCACCUCCCUUUGGGCCUGGGUAUGUGCUCAGGGGGCUUAGGAAGACCCCAAAGGGUGGCGAGGGCUGUGUUCUGAAUUCUGGAGCCCUGGGAAUCUGGAGCAAGGUGUGGGAGGCGGCCACGUGGCUCUUUCUGGAGACUCCUAACCCCGCAGGAGGACAGGGACAGCCAGAGGACAGGGGCGGCCUGCUGCCGGCAGGCAGGGCCCGUCCACCUCUGCCCUGGUUGCUGCCUCCCGGGGCCCUGCUAGUGGAGGCCUUUAAACAGGCACUGGAAGCCCAUCUGUCUGCUGGUCCACCUGAGAGUCUCUCCCCAGGCUGGUCUUCACCGAGGAAUCCCAGUCUUCCUGUCCCAGUCUGGAGUUCCGGGUUCUUCACUAACGAGGUCUCCCAGGCGGUCUGGAAAGCUUGAUGAAGACGGAUAGAGCGAACACCGGCCCAUUAAAUUGUUAAUAAAGAAUAUCACACACACACCUUAAUCUGCAGCCGUCCUGACACUUUAUAAAGUACAUUAGGAUGUAAUCCAAUUGAAACUGCAAUAUCGAGAACAUCUUAUCUUAUCACAAAUUGAAAUUAUAUCAUAUUCCUCUUUUCUUAAAUU